AUGGCGCUUGAAACAUUUAGAGUCGGCGUGAAGGUACCUCCAUUCUACGCCGAAAAACCAGCCCUUUGGUUCGCGCAGCUGGAAGGCCAAUUCCAGCUGGCCAAUAUCACCGCAGACGGAACCAAAUUUUUCUACGCGAUUGGACAGCUGGAACCACAGUACGCCGCUGAGGUUGAGGACGUCAUUACCUCCCCACCGACGAACAACAAGUACGACAAGCUGAAGAGUGAGCUCAUCAAGAGGUUGUCGGCAUCCCGGGAGAAGAAACUGAAGCAGCUCUUGGACCAUGAGCAGAUAGGGGACCGCAAGCCAUCAGCGUUCCUGCGCUACCUACAGAACCUGGCUGGUCCUGGAGUUCCUGACGAGUUCCUAAGGACAAUCUGGACGAGCCGGCUUCCUUCUGGCACCCAGACCAUCAUAGCUUCACAGCCGAGAGCAAGCCUGGAUGAGUUGGCUGAGUUAGCCGACCGAGUCCAUGACGUCGUCUCACCGUGUCAACAGGUUGCUUCGACCUCGCGAGCAGCCCCAUCCGGUAGCAGAAGCGAGACAGUGGAAAACCAGAUCGCCGAGCUCACCAAACAAGUCGCAGCCCUCACAAAUAAAAUAACCCAGAUGUCGAGAGAUGGUCAUCGUCGGGCAGCCGGGCGUAACCGAAGUCGUUCCCGAUCCCGGAAUCGUUCCCACUCCAAUUACCGCAAGUAUCCCAACUGCUGGUACCACGCAAAAUUUGGUGGCAAAGCGGACAGAUGUGUGAAACCGUGUGACUUUGGGUCGGGAAACUCGACGGGCAAUCGGUAA